UGAGCUGAACAAUUACUCCCAUCGUUCCAGAGGGUGAGCGGCGGGAAGAUGGCGGAUCGCGGGUACAGUUUUUCCCUCACCACGUUCAGUCCUUCAGGUAAACUUGUCCAGAUUGAGUAUGCUUUGGCAGCUGUAGCCGCAGGAGCUCCAGCGGUUGGAAUUAAAGCAUCGAAUGGUGUUGUUUUGGCAACAGAGAAGAAACAGAAAUCUAUUCUUUAUGAUGAACAGAGUGUGCAUAAAGUUGAGCCAAUCACAAAGCACAUAGGAAUGGUGUAUAGUGGAAUGGGUCCUGACUACAGGGUACUGAUUCGCAGGGCUCGUAAGUUGGCACAACAGUACUACCUAGUAUAUCAAGAACCCAUCCCCACAGCUCAGUUAGUGCAGAGAGUGGCUUCUGUCAUGCAGGAAUACACACAGUCUGGUGGUGUUCGUCCAUUUGGAGUGUCACUACUAAUUGCUGGUUGGGAUGAGGGAAGGCCGUAUUUGUUCCAGUCUGAUCCAUCUGGUGCUUAUUUUGCAUGGAAGGCAACAGCCAUGGGAAAGAAUUACGUCAAUGGGAAAACCUUCCUUGAAAAGAGGUACAAUGAAGAUCUAGAACUUGAAGAUGCCAUUCAUACAGCAAUCUUAACACUAAAGGAGAGCUUUGAAGGCCAGAUGACAGAAGAUAAUAUAGAAGUUGGAAUUUGCGAUGAGGCAGGAUUUCGCAGACUCGCUCCAGCAGAAGUCAAAGACUAUCUAGCUACCAUAGUUUAACAUCAAUAAAAUUUACUUUUUUUUUAAUUCGAAAGAAGUACUGGUCAACUACUGAUUACAAUUUAACUUUUUAUUCAGCUCUUCUAAUUUGACAAUGGUUAAAUGGUUGGUGCAAUGUAAAACUGUUGCACAAAUAUCUGAUAAAUCUUGUUUUAGAAAUGAAACCAAAUUUGCAAAGGUCUGUUCAUUUAAUUUUUUUUUACAUGUCUAUAAGCAAAGCAUUUUAUACAUUUUAUUGUUUAUACUUCCACAGUUGCAGAAUUUUUCUCUUGAUGAGGCCACUGCUUUUAAUUGCAUGCCCUCUGGCACUUGUCUUUUGUCCAGGUUUAACACCAUUUGUUUUUUUUUACACAAGGUUUUUCUAAAAAUAUGAAAGAAUAAAUGUUAUGUGGUGUAUUUUUAACCCACCAUUAUCCUGUGGAUUAGAAGAGAUUUACCAAUUUUUGAUUGCAAUCUCUUCUACAGGUCCUGUAGGAAGGGAGGGUUUGGAGAAUGCAUUGUAAUCUUGUCUGAUGCUUGUACAUUUUGUACUCCUUCUCCAAUUCUACAUGCAUACCACAUAGAAUGUAUUGCACAUGCACCCUGAUUGGCCCAACUGGUCCAUCCCCAAAUUCUAGGGUUUGUUAUAAUUCCAAUAUCAUCCUAAUUUUUAAGCUCUUUAAUCAUCUGGGAUAAAUCCCAUUUCUAGAUUCUUGCCUAGAAAGAAAAGUUUUUCCAAAGCUUUCUUUUAAUCUUCAACUAUGUCACUUUAAAUUAUCUGCAAUAUGUAAGGACUAUGUUGAUGAGGGGAUUCUCAAAAUAUUUGCAGUGCUGUUAACUAUACCCAUAUUGUGGCGCAAGAUCAAAAGGGUCUGUGUUGAUUCAUCACAGGACUUCAGUGUGCAUUCUUGCACUCAAGUAGCUUUAACUGUUUUGAUCUGAGGGAGAGUUUGGAAAUGGUCAGUAAUCACCUAAAUGAUAUUCCAUUCAUGCUGAACAAUGACCAUGUAAAUUUCCUGUUCAAUAUAUAUUGUCGUCUCAAUUAUAAUCUUUGGUCUAAUUUGUCUAGAUCUGACUUUUCUGUGUAGCUGUCUUGUUACAAAGAGCAUCAGCUGAAGUUCACUGAUAGAGUCCUUGCAUUUGAAUCAAAUGAUUUUGUCUGUGGUUGAUGCACUUCACUGCUUAAUCCAAGCUGACAUUUCAAUUUGCUACUGAUGAGCUGCUGUACAAUUGAAGAUACCAUCUUUGAGGUGUGUCUUUGCAUCAGAAUGAUUGCUUCCAAUCUGAUUAUGGAUGUCUCAAUUUCCUAAACCUUGUUACUUCAUAGUUUGUAGGAGUUGUUCCCAACCUCCUCCUUCCCAUCAAACCAUUCUCCGGUUCCAGUGGUAAGACCAAGUAAUAUAGCAUUUGUGUGUACAUGUGUGAAUUUUAUAUAUAAAAAUAUGUGCUUACAUUCAUUGCCAGACCAAUUAAUCAGUUCACAGAAAAUUUGAAAUUUAGCAUGACUGGAGAGAGGCUUCCUUUCAUACUAGAGGGAAAAAAUAAGCUAAAAGUUUUAAGAGAAACAUGGCUAAAGCAAGGAGCCACUUAACAGGGAGUCACUUUAAGAAAUGGGUAAAUUUGAUCCAGAUAGGUUGCUGAAAAUCCAUCAUCCAUAAUUAGUAUGAAUGGCAGAGCUAUAACCAGAACACAACUCGUUUUCAUCCCCUCCUCCCAGCAGACCAGCUAUUUGUUAGGUUAAGGUUUUUAGGACAUCAUUUAAGGUUUGACUUUAUGCUCCAUCUGUAUCUAAUUUUCACUUCAGUAAUUCCUGCAGAACUUGACAACUUUCAAUUAGGAAGGUGACAUAUUAGAAUUUUAAGGUUACUUUUGGGUGGAUUGAUUUCAUAGAAUUAGGGAGAUUUGCAUCCAUUUGGUACAUGCAAAAACAAAAUUGUUGGGCUAAUCCAUCUUUUCAGUUUGCAGUCUGCAUCUUGUAAGUUAUGCACUUCAUACUCAUCCGGGUUUUUAAAUGUGAUCAGGGCUUCUGCCUCCAUCAACCUAUGGGUGGACACAAAAAUGAUUCUCAAAGCAAUAUGUGUUCCUUGGUUAUUGACCUCUCUGUUUAGGGAAAUAACUUCUGCCUGUUUUUUUUCCCUUUUUAUAUACUUCAUUAAAUUUGCCCUUUGCCUCAUUUAUUCCAAAGUAAACAUCAUUAGCAUAACCAUUUUCUCAUAAUUAAUGUCCUCCACACCCAGUCUAAUACAAUCAUAUCCUCCCAUGCAAUGGCCAAAACUAUGCACAGUGCUUCAGCUGCAGCUGAUCUUGUGUUUUCUAAAGCUGAAGCAUUACAUCUCUGCCCUUGUAUUUGAUAUUCAAUAAAGGCAAAUCUUUAAUCAACUUAUUUCUGCAUUUUGUGACAGCUUAAGUGUCUAAUUUUAUUCCUCUAUCAAUGUCAGCUAUUCCCAUCUAAAUGCUUUUGUGAAGAGAAAGUAUUUUAACAUUCUGAUAGGUGGUUAAUGCUAACUAACCACAAAUUAAUAAUUUUCACCACUCCUUUCAACUUGUCUGCUCAACUCCACUAUUAAGUGCCACUUUUCUACAUGGAGCUUCAUGAGCAGUUUUCUGAUUUGUUUGAAAUUGAGACAAAUUAAACUUGGUUCAUGUAAACUAUAAUUGAAUCAUUCCUGUUUGCUUCAUUAAUGUAGUUGUAUUCUGUUAUUCACCCAAAUAUUGUAUUUUAUGAAAAUGUUGAUAGUCCUUCAAUGUCCAUGACCGAGUAAUUUCCAAAAGUAGCGAGCAAGCCUUACCAAAGUACCCUGUAGCAUAAUGUUGGUUACAUCUUGUGUUUUAGAAAACAACGUUAUCUUCUACCUAGCAUUUUAAUAUGAUCUUUAUUGAAGUUUGUCAAUUUUUUGAGAUAUUAAUAAAAAUAGUGGAACUGCUCAGAUCUGGUAGCACAUGUGGAAAGAGAAAUGAUUAAAAUUUUAAGUCAAAGGUAGCCAGUGACUGACCUCAUUCCAUU